CGGUUUGUUUGGCGACGAUCUUGGACUGUUGAUAAAUCUGUAACCGUCCUGCAGCAUUUCAAAUUCUCUCUCUCUCUCUCUCUCUCUCUCUCUCUCUCGAGGAGUAGUAGUUGUAGACUAGUAGUAGUAGAGAUAUUAAACACUGGUGGGCUUGGACUUGAAGUUGAUCGCAUUAACGUAUCAAAAAAAAGAAGUUGAUCGCAUUAUUGGAGGAAGACUUUGGGGUCAUCGCUUUGGGGUCCCAUCUCAAAAGUUUCCCCAUUGAUUUCCCCGCAAAUUCCUUACUUCUCUCAAGACCCAAAACAUUACUCAGGAGUCAGAAUCAGGCAAUUUUCUGAGACUAUGGCUUGGAGGAAUAUGAUGUCUUUUUGUUCCUUACCCAAUUUCUGGGCAAAUCGCCAGGGGAGAAUAAGCCAGGUUGAGCUUGGUGCACACACCAUUAAGUCUCAUGGAGCCAAAAUUGCAAGGAAUCAUAUGCAUGACUGGCUUAUUUUGUUGCUUCUUGUGGUCAUAGAGGUUGUACUUUACGUUAUACACCCGUUUUACCGCUUUGUUGGGAAGGACAUGAUGACAGACCUUAAAUAUCCGUUGAACGACAACACUGUCCCUGUGUGGGCUGUUCCAAUGUACUCCGUUCUGUUGCCUAUUGUGGUUUUCCUCAUCUUCUAUCUUCGACGGCAAGAUGUCUAUGAUCUGCACCAUAGCAUACUAGGCCUCUUGUAUGCUGUCUUGAUAACUGGAGUCCUCACCGAUGCAAUAAAAAAUGGAGUUGGCCGGCCUCGCCCUGACUUCUUUUGGCGUUGUUUUCCAGAUGGCAUUGAUAAAUAUGACCAGUGGGAUAAUGUGAUCUGCCAUGGUAAAGAUAGUGUGAUCAAAGAAGGACACAAGAGCUUCCCAAGUGGUCAUGCUUCAUGGUCUUUUGCAGGUCUGGGAUUUUUCUCGUUGUACUUAUCAGGGAAAAUCAAAGCAUUUGACCGGAGAGGACAUGUAGCGAAACUAUGCAUCGUUUUUCUUCCCCUCCUCGUUGCUUCUCUCGUUGCCAUUUCACGCGUGGAUGACUAUUGGCACCAUUGGCAAGAUGUGUUUGCAGGAGGUCUCUUAGGUCUUGGUGUGGCAACAUUCUGCUAUCUGCAGUUCUUUCCACCUCCAUACGACACAGAUGGAUGGGGUCCUUAUGCGUAUUUCGAAGCAUUAAAGGAAGAGUCGCAACCGAACUCACAACUAGGCCAUCCUAUGUAUGGUUCCAAUCUAGAUGUCGUAGAGGCUCAAGUAGUGAAUCAGCAAACAGGGCACUACUCAGUAUCAGUGACUGAUCUUGAAUCAGGAAGACGGUAACAGUCUUGUAUGUCUCGGAGUGUACGUGUGCAGAUUUUGUUCUACCUUAGAUUAGUCUUUUAUGUGAAUGUUUUGGAACUUUAGUAUCAACAACAUUGUAAAUAGCAAUGCACAACCAGUCAAUGUUACCUUUUGCAUUAGUGGCUUUAUAGAACAAGGUUCCACAUGUUCA